AUGAGACCAAGUGGCAAUAAAAAGCUGAUCAACCCGGUCGAUGGAUUAUCUACUAAAAGCCUCGGAUACGGAAGCCAACACCGCCCGCCAAUCAACUCAAUCUCCAACACGACAUUCGACAAUCUGAGCAGCAACUCUGCCCGAAGCGAGGAGAUGUAUAGUCUUGCCUCGAGCACUGCUUCCAACUCUUCAGGCUCGAUGCGCUCAACAAAUAUGACCGCCCGUACCAGUGAUAGUCACUUGUUGACUCUCGGUUCGGACUCUCGCUCGAUUCCAGCCAACUUGAAUAUCGCUGCGACAAUUGUCGAACCGAAUCUCGAAGAACAUUAUAAAGGAGUUCUAAACAAGAAAGAGGCGGCGAAUCUGACACGUCUCAGUGACUUUAUUCUGUAUUAUCGUAUUGCGAAAGAGCCGCAAAGAUCUGAAGUUGCGAUGAGUAUUCCAUUAUUCAUUUGCUAUCGAAAUAGUGAGGAUCAGGUGUUCAACUUCCGUGUUCAACAAGUUCUUACCGAAAAUAACAGCAUGUGGUGGACUGUAAUCAUCAACAAACAGCAUACUCAAUUGUUCCGCCGCCUCUCCGACCUCGUCCGUUGCUACCACUCGUACCGUUUCAUUCAUCCGGAGACUGGCCGUUCUGAGAUAUUUCCACUCUGGAAACGUCCAGCUGUUCAGAAUAUCAAUCAUUAG